UGGAUGUCGUACGACCUCUUUUUAUCUUCACGUUUCUUAUGUUUUUUACUGAAACCCCUGACGAUGAGAAGUGAAUUGUAGAUCUUGUCGGAUUUUCAGAACACCCAUGUUGUCGAAGACGAAAAACUGGUUGGGAUCUGGGCCGGGGAGGCCGAAAAAUGUCCAUUCGUUGGAGCACCUUCGGUACCUGUACCAGGUCUUAAUGAGGAACUCGGUUGUAACGGAGCAGAAUAGAGGCCUACUGGUUGAGACGGUACGCUCCAUGUCUGAGAUACUCAUAUGGGGAGACCAGAAUGAUAGCUCUGUGUUUGAUUUCUUCCUUGAGAAGAACAUGCUCCUGUUUUUCUUGAAGAUCUUACGCCAGAAGACCGGUCGUUACAUCUGUGUACAGCUCCUGCAGACACUCAACAUCCUGUUUGAAAACAUCAGAAAUGAGACAUCACUCUAUUACCUGCUGUCCAAUAAUCAUGUGAACUGCAUUAUUGAGCACAGGUUUGAUUUCUCUGAUGAAGAGGUUCUGGCUUACUACAUCUCAUUUUUGAAGACUUUGUCGUUCAAGUUGAAUGUCCACACGAUACACUUCUUCUACAAUGAGCACACCAAUGACUUUGCGCUGUAUACGGAGGCCAUCAAGUUCUUCAAUCAUCCAGAGAGCAUGGUACGAAUUGCUGUCAGAACCCUCACGCUCAAUGUGUACAAAGUGAAUGACAAUGCAAUGUUGAUGUACAUCAGGAACAAGACGGCAGUCCCUUACUUCUCUAACUUGGUAUGGUUUAUUGGUAACCAUGUGUUGGAGCUGGACAGCUGUGUCAGGAAUGAUAUUGACCAUCAGAGUCGCAAUCGUCUGUCGUCACUGGUUGCUGAACAUCUUGACCAUCUUCACUAUGUCAACGAUAUCCUCAACUUGAAGAUUGAAGCCCUGAAUGACGUCCUAACCGACCAUCUCCUCAAUCGACUUUUGACGCCACUUUAUGUUGACUCGCUACUGAGGGAAAGGUCCUAUGGAAUGGCAGAGGAUCCUCCACACAUCGGCUCUGUGGUAUCACUUUUCCUCCUAUCUCAAGUUUUUCUCAUUCUGGAUCAUCCACCACUGGUGUCCAAUCUUGCUGGACUCAUCUUCCAUGGGAAUGAAGCAUCAAUAGCACAGCAACCUGUAGAUACCAGUGGCAUAGAACGGGUGAAAUACCGUGGUUUCGUCAAGCCCCAAGAAACAUUGGAACGCUCGCUGGAGAGCAACAGGGAAAAGGGCAGUACCCCGCUGCCACGGAAACGCCCAAACUAUCGCAAUGUUGACUCACCGACGGAGGAGGCAGAGGAAGAAGGAGGCGGGUUCUUCACUGAUGGAUCGGAGAAGAAGACGGCUGCAGAUGAGGAAGCAGACAAUAUGGAGAAGAUCUGGGUUCAUCAAGACGAUGAAGAAGGUGUCAAAACACUAAGUGCUUCCGGAAUCAGCCAGAGCUGCCCUGUCAUCAGUCAGAACUGCACUGAUGAAGAGAAGACGUCUGCUGUCCACGGAGCAAGACAAUCAGAACUGCAACUGACCAAAAGGCCAUAUUUCCAAGUCAUCGUCAAUUCAUUGGAUGCGGAAACCAGUGACUACCGAACUUUGUUCUCACUCUGUUUGCUGUAUGCCCUGGGAACCAAUGAAGGAAUUAAACAAGAUCUUUUGAGCAGCGUGUUCUUGACGAGCAGGUCCAAGGACAAGAGUAGCUACAGCAAGGUGUUAGUGAACUCUCUGAUCAACACCAUGGCUCAGAGUUGCCAGUUCAACAGUCGCAUCCGCCCCGUCACUCUGGAGAUGGCUAGUCUACUCCUCAAGCAGCUUGUGUUUUCCCCGGACACUAGCCGCUGCUACCUGGAGGACAAACACCUAGCCAGUGUGGAGGGAUCCAAAGAGGAGAGCAUGUUGCUACUCAGGAAUUUCUACCGUGGGGAUGAACUCUUCCUUGAUAUGUUUGAUGAUGAGUACCAGAGCAUGGCGACACGUCCACUUAAUGUUGAGUACUUAAUGAUGGAUGAAUCUAUUCUACUUCCUCCCACUGGAACCCCAUUGACGGGUAUUGACUUCAUUAAGCGUCUUCCCUCUGGGGAGCUGGAGAGAACCAGAAGAGCCAUCCGCAUGUUUUUCCUGCUGCGGAACCUUUCUCUCACGUUGCGCAACGAGACAGAAACCAAACUACCCCUAGCCAGUCAAGAACAGCUCGUCAAAUCAUCAGACAAGCUCGAUCUAAAUAACAGUGAUUUAAUUGCCUGUACUGUGCUGAUGAAAGACAAAAGUCCCCAAAGAGUGCGUCGUUUCCUUGUGAUUGACAAACAUCAGCUCAUUCUGGUUGAACCUGAUGUCAAGAAGCUGGGAUGGGGCGUGGCCAGAUUUGUUGGCCCUCUACAGGAUUUGGAGGUGACAGGUGACAAAGAUGACAGCCGAUCCCUCCAUGUGACCAUCCACAAGCGAGCCACCGCCUCCCCCCACGCUAAGCCAAUUCCACUCUUAGCGGCAAGGUUCCAGUUUGAUGACCAUAUCCGCUGUAUGGCUGCUAAGCAGAGACUUACCAAAGGCAGACAACGUGCCCGCCAGGCAAAGAUGGCCGACAUCGCUGAGCUCCUUGAGAUACCCCCUCUGCCAUCGCCUACCAGCUCAGCCUCACCUUAUCCUCCCCUCGGCACGGCACACCCAGGGAGUGCCAGACCUGUCUCUCAGCAAGGGACCAGAGGGAGCUUCAGUGUUGGAGAUGGUUCUGCGGUCCAACGGUAAGUCCAAGUCAUGUUCUAUUUACUAAGCCACGUUUUUUUCCUCAGGAUUAUUUCAAGAGUGUCAAGAGUUGUUGGUCAAACAUUUUUUUCCAGGAGUGUCGUUGAACUGACGUCUAGAUUAUUAAUUUCAUUGAAGUGC